AUGAAGAUAUUGGAAGAAAGAGAUAAGUUCUUGUGUAAUUUCGAAGUGACAGAACAUUUGAAUAGCAUAAAAUCCAAAUAUAAUUGGACGUUUAAGGAAGAAGAAAAUGAUAAAAAGAAGAAUAAGAAGCGUUUUACCGCAUGCGGUUUAAACUUAGAAGAGAUUACUAGAGAUUUAUCUUCCUAUUUAGAAAAUAACUCCAGUUCAGCUAUAACGACACAAGAAGCAUUUAAAGAGUUGAUGAUUCACUUGAAUGGACUCGAACUAAUGAAGGUUGAAAAAUUACAAAUCGUUAACUCAUUACCGAGAUCAAUGGUUCACUUGUAUGCAUUAGUUGAAGAAUGCGAUCAAAGAUUUGAUGAAGAAACAUGUGAAGGAAUUAUAAAUAAAAUUAAUGAUCUCUUUCCUAUAGAAGAACAGGAAGAGGAAGAGGAAGAAGGAGAAGAAGGGGAGGAAGAGAAAGAUGAUCAAUUUGAAGAUGCAGAGGACUUACCAUAG